GAUGGCGCGCCAGUACCAUCAAUUCUCCGAUGUUUUUUUCUCCCUCGGCAUUUGCAGGUUACGUUACAGCAAGGACAACUGUUUACGUCAUUUAUAUUUAUGCGCGGGAAUGUCGUUUAUUAUGCGGCGUUCGUGCAGAGUCAGCGGUCUCGGACGGCACUUAUCUUGACGAUUUUUUCAAACGCGCCAAGAGCGAACCCGAUUUUUAACCAAAGUCGCUUGUCGCGUUGAGGUUACGUCGGUCCGAUUGGAUGGCAACGUAUACUUGUAAACAGAGACGCGGGGAAAUGAGAAAAAUUAACCAAUUGCGUCGCUUACGCACAUUCGCGUGACGCGCGCUACACGCCGAUAACAAUCCAACUCGGACGUUAUCAAUUCCCUCUCGGGCGAGAUCCGCACGAUGACUUGACGAUAAAAGCUUCGCGGCUCGAAAGGACUCGACUCGGUCGUUCGACUCGUAUCUCCGAUGCGGAGCGCGAUACUGCUUCGCGUUUCGAGAAUACUGACGGCGCGAAGCUCGAUCGUUCUUCUCACGCGUGUCGGACAAUUGGGCACCCUGGACGCGGCGAUGGCCCAGCGAAUCUUCAGGGGUCGUAGCGAUCACUACGAUGGCAUCACGAUCGACUCGGCUGAGGAGGCCUGCGACAAUAAGACAUUCGCACAGCGUCUCAAAGACUCUUUAGAGCAAUGGAUAGAGGACAAGAGACGCACUAUAUGGUUUCGCGUGCACAUACCGCAUACCGAGUGGGUUCCGAUAUUGACAGGGCAUGGAUUCAUCUUCCAUCAUGCGAAAGAGGAAUACGUCAUGUUGUACCGUUGGCUGCCCACCAACGAGGAAUGUAAUGUCCCAAAAUAUGCGCAUACGUACUUGGGUAUUGGUGCAUUCGUGUUCAACAAGGACACCGGUGAGAUUCUUGUCAUUAAAGAAAAGUACGCUCCUACUAAAGCAAGCUGGAAGCUCCCGGGGGGCUAUGUAGAGCCAGGGGAAAAUAUUGAAACUGCGGCCAAGAGAGAGGUUCUGGAAGAAACGGGAAUUCAGGCGGACUUCAAAUGCCUAAUAUCCUUCAGGCACGGGCACGACUACUCCUUCGGGUGCUCCGACAUAUACAUGAUCGCGUACCUGACGCCUCGGAAUUUCGAAAUUGAGAAAUGUAAACGAGAGAUCUCAGAGUGCAGAUGGAUGAAGCUAAGUGAAUUCAUGCAACAUCCAGAAGUACAUGCAAAUAACAAGACUUUAGCCACGAAAACAAUAGACUUUCUUCAACAUCAAAUGGGCAUGGUUGUAAAUUACGGAAUACAUCCCAUUACGAAAAAGCAGAUAUGCGUGUACAGCGUGGAGAAUACAGAUAUUGGAAAUACAUCUGUAGAAUAGAAAUCUGUAAAAACUUUUAUCUUUAGAAAAAAAAAAAAUAAAUCAUGUAUAUAUAGAAUGAAA